AUGGUUGGUCACGGUGGGUACAAGUCCAGCAUGGUUGGUCACGGUGGGUACAAGUCCAGCAUGGUUAGUCACGGUGGGUACAAGUCCAGCAUGGUUGGUCACGGUGGGUACAAGUCCAGCAAGGUUGGUCACGGUGGGUACAAGUCCAGCAUGGUUGGUCACGGUGGGUACAAGUCCAGCACAGUUGGUCCCGGUGGGUACAAGUCCAGCACAGUUGGUCCCGGUGGGUACAAGUCCAGCACAGUUGAUCACGGUGGGUACAAGUCCAGCACAGUUGGUCACGGUGGGUACAAGUCCAGCACAGUUGGUCACGGUGGGUACAAGUCCAGCACAGUUGGUCACGGUGGGUACAAGUCCAGCACAGUUGGUCACGGUGGGUACAAGUCCAGCACAGUUGGUCACGGUGGGUACAAGUCCAGCACAGUUGGUCACGGUGGGUACAAGUCCAGCACAGUUGGUCACGGUGGGUACAAGUCCAGCACAGUUGGUCACGGUGGGUACAAGUCCAGCACAGUUGGUCACGGUGGGUACAAGUCCAGCACAGUUGGUCACGACAUUCGUGUACAUUUCUCUUCCCCAAACGGGGAGGAAAAAGAACCAAGAGCAGUAAUCUGUGCCAACAGAAAGUCUUCAAAGCCAGAGGCUUCCCAGACGUCUGAUAAACCAAG